CCCGUCUUCACUUACCCAUCCAUCUAAUACCAUCUUAUCCUUCUGCCUCUUCCACUGUAAACCACCACCACACCAUACUAGCUAUAUCAUCGCCAUGCUCACUCCCACUCCCACCCUCCCCCGCCUCACCGCGCGGACUCUCCCCGCAUCCCGGCAAUGGCCAUGCCGUCACUUCAGCGCCGCUCGCCCCGUCCGCAAGGAGAUCCAGGACGCCUACAUCCUGAGUGCAGCACGCACCCCAACAGCCAAAUUCAACGGCUCCUUCAGCACCCUCCCGGCCCCGACCCUCGGCGCCAGCGCCAUCAAAUCCGCAAUUUCCAAAUCCAACCUGCCCCCCUCGCACAUCUCCUCCGUCUACAUGGGCCACGUCCUGCAAGGCAACGUCGGCCAAUCGCCCGCGCGGCAAGCGACCCUCCUCUCCUCGCUCCCCGCGACCGUCGAAUCCACCACAAUCAACAAAGUGUGCGCGUCGGGACUCAAAGCCGUAGCCAUCGCCGCGCAGAACAUCCAGCUCGGGCUCGCGUCCGCCCAGGUCGCAGGCGGGAUGGAGAACAUGUCGCGGGUACCGUACUACCUUCCGCGGUCGAGCCAACUUCCCCCCUUCGGGGAGAUCAAGCUCGAAGACGGACUCAUCAAGGACGGUCUCUGGGACGUAUACAACCAAUUCCACAUGGGGAUCUGUGCCGAAAAGACGGCAGCGAAGUACGAGAUCUCGCGGGCCGAGCAGGACGAAUACGCGAUCCAGUCGUACGAGCGGGCGCAGAAGGCGUGGGCGGCCGGCGCGUUCGACGAGGAGAUUGUCCCUGUGACGGUGCAGGGGAAGAAGGGGGAGACGGUGGUGGAGAGGGACGAGGGGUUUGAGAAUCUGCGUGCGGAUAAGUUGCGGGGGCUGAAGCCUGCGUUUUUGCGCGACGGGACCGGCACGGUCACCGCGGGGAAUGCGUCGACGAUGAAUGACGGUGCGUCGGCCCUGGUGUUGGCGAGUCGGGAGUUGGCGAGGGAGUUUGGCGCGGGAAAUCGUGCGUUGGCCCGCAUUGUGAGUUCCGCUGAUGCCGCGGUUGAUCCGGUCGAUUUCCCCGUCGCGCCGGCGAAGGCGGUUCCCAUUGCGUUGGAGCGGGCCGGGAUUACCAUGGAUCAGGUCGCUGUUUGGGAAUUUAAUGAGGCGUUUGCCGCCGUGAUUAAGGCGAAUGAGAAGAUCCUUGGCCUGCAGGGCAAGAGGGUUAAUCCCCUUGGAGGCGCCAUCUCCCUUGGCCAUGCGCUGGGGAGCUCCGGGUCCCGCAUCUUGGUGACUCUGCUGCAUCAGCUGCAGCCGGGCGAGUAUGGCGUCGCGGCUAUCUGUAAUGGCGGGGGGGCGGCUACGGCUAUGGUUGUGCAGAAGCUGGAUCGGGUGGAUUAGAUGCAGCGUUGUGGCUGUAUUGGCUGGGAUGUGAGAUGAAUGAUGCAUAUUCAUGGUAGCUCAUCUACUACUGUAUUAGGAAUGGUGUCCAAGAUGAUGAUCUGGUAGUCGGGUGGUUGGCGGAUGAGUGAUAGUAAGUUAUGUCUCUGGCAUACCUAUCUGCGAGGGUAGUAGGGAUAAUGUCGAGUAAAUCUAUCAUUCAUGGUAAUUUUUCACUGUCUCAACACUGCAUGUAGCUACCG